AUGUGUGCUAUCGAGGAUGGUGCUUCUAGCGGUAUCACGGUGAACGAGAGUGCGUUAUCGCUGGAUUCCUUGUCUGGAGGGGAUGAAGGGUCUUCUAGCAUCAGCUCGCUGGCGGAGGAGGAGGAGAUCGUGUCGGGAUUGGAUCAAGCGCGAUCUAUCUCGAGCAAGAAGAGGGUGAAGAUGAUGUGCAGCUAUGGCGGCCGGAUCUUGCCCCGGCCUCACGACAACCAGCUGCGUUACAUGGGUGGAGAGACCCGCAUUCUGGUGCUGAAGAAGGAGAUUGCGUACAAGGAUCUCAUGGCGAAGCUCUCACACCUUGCCGGGAAGAGUGUUCUUCUCAAGUACCAGCUGCCUAAUGAAGAUCUGGACGCGCUCGUGUCGGUCACCUCGGACGAGGACGUCAAGAACAUGAUGGACGAGUUUGACAAGAUGGUGAGUCGAGACCGAUCUUCCGAUGGAGCUGCGGUGAAGCUGAGGGUGUUUUUGUUCGAUCCUCACGGCCCUUCCAAGUCGCCAUUGUUCGAUCCAUCGGCAGUGCUCGAGUACUCGUCCGACGAAUCCGUCAUGGAUCCAAGCUCCACAAGCUCGGGGUCAAAGUUUGCGGCCUCGCCGCCACUCCUCGCGACCAAUUCCUCCUCGUAUCACCACCAUCCACCUCGCAAAUCCAAGAUGGGCGCUGCGCAGCAGUUGCGGGAUCACGAGUUUGGGUCGCUCAAGGCGUACCAGCGCAAGCACCAGGCCCAAGAUCAGCACCACUCCCCGGUGGAGCCGGAGAACAAUCACAGCGAACGACGAGGAGGUAUGUUCUACAACCAGGAUGUUCCAUCCAGCGGCCAGCUCCACCCCCAUCACUAUCAAUUCGUUGAUGGAUUCACCAGCAGCGAAGCAAGCCGCGGGAUCAAGCCUCCCUGUCACUGCUGCGCUGCGGAGCCAUCAUCUUCUGCGUCAUCGAUGCUCCCCCCGCGGCAUCCUGUUGCACAGCGAUCCCUGAGUCCCUACCACCAUCACUCCCCUGUGCGUACUGGCUACUCCAUCAACGAAGCCCAAGCCCACUUCUGCGGACCACGCUACUAUAAUCCUCCAUCUUAUUCUCACCACCACCACCCACACCACCAUCACCACCUCCACCACCUAUAUAACAAUGCGUGA